AUGAGCAACCCCCCGAACCUGAGCAAUAGUCAGGACCAGCUUUUGCAAGAUGCUUCUACGUUGCUAAUGUUUGCAAACGUAGCCGCUAAACAACAGCAAGAAAUCCGACAAAACACCCCCUCGCCGCCAGUUGUGCCGCAGUUGGGUUCUCACCAUCCCGUUGGACUGGGGCUGUUUACGCUGCCACAAGCACCACUCCCUCCACAACCUGCAACUCAACUGGCUGUUUCUCAGCCACCAUAUGUGAAGCACCCGGUGUUUGACCCUGUGAGGCAGAUAUACAUCAAUCACACGCCAUACAACCACCUACCUCCUCAUCACCGCACAGCAUUACCUCCUGCGGAAGUUCAUCAAGUCCAAUUUCCCAGUGUUGCUGGCCAAACAACUGGUGCUGCCGCUGUUCCCUCACCUCCAACUACAGCCAGCACCACCAAUAACAUAAACGGGACCUCUCAGCUCGGCCCACCAAGCAGUCUGGUACCUGUGUCAACCCAUGUAUCUGCCCACUCGUCGGUUUCGGAGCCUGGUUCAAAAGAGGCAUCUCUUCACGUACCAGCUCAUAGGCGCACAAGCUCGGUACCAAGUACCACUGUUUCUCUUACCCACGCUUUGUCGCCAGGUCCAGCGAGUGUGGUGCUUGCACGGGGUUCCAGUAAUGGGACCAACAAUAAUUCCAUUAUUGCAGCUGCUGCAUUGGCCCAAGCGGCUGAUAAUCCUUUGCCGCUUCUCAAGCAUGAAGAAGCAGUACGAAGGGAAAUCAAGCACGAGGUUAUAAAGUCACCGGUUGUUGCCGAUAAGGCGGGUGUUAAAACAGAAAAGAAGCCUGAGGUGCCAGAGCAGGAACCUGUGGUGCCUAAGCUGGAACCUGUGGUGCACAAGCAGGAACAUGUGGUGCACAAGCAGGAACAUGUGGUGCACAAGCAGGAACAUGUGGUGCACAAGCAGGAACAUGUGGUGCCUGGGAAAAAGCCAGAAAUUCCUGAAGUAGUAGCACCUACUCCACAUAACGAUGACAAACCCCUAGUUAGUAAAGACUAUGUGGCCCCACCGUUACUGGAGUACAAAGUAGAACCAGACUCCGGGGUUAUUGGGUGCAUAUGUGGAAUCAGCGAUGAUGACGGGUUCACCAUUCAAUGUGAUAUCUGCUACAGAUGGCAGCAUUGUUUGUGCAUGGAUUAUUCCACCAACGAAGAGGUUCCUGAAGACGAAUACAAAUGUUAUUUUUGUGACAAAGAAAAGUGGGGCAAGUUUGAUCCAGAACAAUGUAGACACAAUACCGUCACUCGUUUACAACAAGAUAAUGAUAAUCAAGAUGUGUCAACUUCCAAACCAGGCAACAAAAGAAAAGUUUCAACCUCUGGGAGGGUUGGAGAUAAGAAAAAGCUGAGAUUGAAUCCAAAUCAAGAAAGACCCAAGGAUAGGAGGAAACAACUUCGAGAUGAUUUUUCUAAUCCUACCUCAGCAGUUGAUGAGAUUCCUGACUUCAUUCCAAACGAAGAUAAUGAAUUGUUAGACGAUGGGUAUACUGCUGAGAGUUACCAGAGCACUUACUAUAAGUUGAGAUCAAAUGACUAUUUGAACCAUCAGUCACAGAAGCAUUUUGAAGAUUUAGGAGACAGGUUUUACGAUCUGUUCCAACAGCUCUCUGAGGAUGAGAAAGAGAAGCUUAAUAUUGAAGUUGUGACUUUGAAGAAUUUCAAGGCCAUUCCAAGGAUGUACGUGAAACUCCCCAAUCAUGAGACGCACAUGCAAGCUCACAACAAACCCAUUAAGAUUCCAAAUGUGUAUAUUCAAGUUAAACAGUAUUCUGACUCUCAGAAGCAAAAGUUCAAUGGAAUUUCAAAGUUGAGUUUAUUUGUUCAAGCACAACGAGAGGGCAGUAAAGAAGCGUUUGAGGAUUUAAUACCCAAAGGAACUCCAAUUUUGGAAUACUUUGGCGUGUUGAACGAGUUUUCUCAGUAUAGAGAUAAUAAGCCAAACCAGUACAAUGUGUGGGGAACUACUAAACCAAAAGUGUUGAAGACCUCAUUAUCGUUUAUUGAUAAGGGUAAGCAAAUUAAAGACUUUGAUGUGGUAUUGGAUUCAAGAUUUGUUGGCAAUGAAACAAGGUUCAUCAGAAAGGCAUGUCCUCCAGCUGCUAAUUGUGAGGUUAAAGCUUUCUAUAUUCCUGAGGCAAAGUCCUUUAGGUUUUUGGUUGUGACGUCUAAGGAUAUCAAAUUGGAUCAGGAGACUUCUGAAGAAGAGCUUCGCUUACCCUGGGAAUGGGACGAGGCACAUCCGAUCAGAAAGAUGUAUGGUGAUGAAUCAAAGAACAUUGAAGGACUUAAAUUUGAUCAAUUGUCAGAUAAAGAAAAGACCUUGCUCAUCACUACCAUUGACAAUUUGCUCUACUUCACCGAAUGUGGAUGUUCAACAACCACAAACACCCCACUGUACUUACCCAAUUGUGCAGUUUUUAAAGUGAGAAAGGCAAUUUCUUACCUAUUAAGAGCAACUAGGAAGGUAUCUGGUAUUAUAAAUGUCAACAUGUACAAACCUAAAGAUGAGUUGAUUAUACCAAAAGAACCCAAAACCUAUGUACCGUGGGAACAGAGAUUGCACAAUAGAGAGGAAUUCAUCCAGACCAAACUCUUUGUUCCUACGCCUACUAAAGUAAUCAAAUUUGACGAUGAUGAAGAAGUCCUGCGGGAUACCAUAAAGGAUAUCAUUAUCAAAAACCAACUCGUCAAAUUGACCGAUAAUUCGGUAGAAGUAAUCGAUGGCAAGUACCAUAACGAUAAAGUCUUGGACUUGGUUCCUAUCAGUACUGGAAUCAGUGCCAAGGUUGAAAAAACAGUUGAGGCAGAAGUGCAGGUGAAGCCCGAAAUCAAGAAGAGCUUAAGUGAGCUUAAGUUAAAAUUGACCGACAACAACUUGACCAAGAUUAAUAAGGUAUUGAACCUCAACUUGGAGAAGAGAGUCACACCACCUCCAAUACCAGCCGAACCAUCUGAGAAACCCAUGGUCAAAAAGAAGCUUUCAUUUGCUGACUACAAGAAGAAAAUGAAAUAA